CAGGAACCCAUGCGCGCGUGACGUACCAGUCCUGCGACCGUGUCGUUGCUAGGUGAUGCGACGCUUCCACGUACCGAUGAAGUAAGAUGUCAUCCACGCACGAAACUCUGUUUUCAUUAGAACUCGUGAUCGAUUAUGUUCGCUUGGACUGUACACGUGGAAAUGUUUUGGAUCCUGCAGUGGGUUUGCGCUUCUUAGACUUCCCAACUCUUCUGAUAUAUCCCUCAGGAAGAGAAGGUCCUUCAUCGCAUUCAGCAUACGCUGAUCGACCAGCUAAAGCUUUGUCUCAGUCAGAGGAACAGGACAAGUAUUUCUUCCACAAGGGCAAGUCUUGUCUUUUUAAAAUUAACUUGGAUUCUCUUCACAACCAUUUGUCAAGCACCCCCCUGUAUGCCAUGGUACUGGAUAUAAAAGAUGAAGUUCCUAAACUUAUAGGGAGCUCCUUAAUAUCUCUUGCUAAAGUGACAGAGAGAAUCAAGAAGGAUGUUGACAAACAUGGUAUUGGCACCCCAAGUUCUUAUGGGGAGAAAAUUAUUACCCCACUUUGCAAUCUGAUGGGUAACAACAUUGGUGCCAUUUCACUAGCCUAUAAGAUUGUAAGUCUAGGAGCACAUUUAAUUCCUCAUAUCCCUUAUAAUAAAGUCUAUAAGGUUGGGAAAGGAGAACAAGACCCUGACGCAUUUGCAGAAUCUGCAGGGGUAUUCAAUAUAGAUAGAUAUCCAAUUGAAAUGCAGCAUGCUACUGUCCUGUCUUCAGUCAGCCCUGAAGGACAACCUGAAAAUAAAAUGAGAUCUGAUGCCAAACAGCCAGGCAUUGCUGCUUUUACUCAAACCGAACCUACAAAGCAGAAAGUCACAUGGUUGGAAAUGUCUUACGGUAAUGAUGAGCAGGAUAAUACUACAUUCUGUCCUCCACCACUGUUUUACAGUUCCACUGUCAAGAACCAACAGGAGAGCGAUGCUGAGACAUGCAGAAUGUCGAACGUUGAAAUUGAGAGUCUUAAUAUCGAAGACCCAGAGGAUAAAAAUAAUGAACUUGAAUCAGCUGACAUGCAUGAUGUUAAUAAGAUCACAGCAGCAAAGCACCGAAGCACAUUAGUUUCCAGUCCAAAGCAACAGCACAGAAUCACUGAGCCAGCUCCAUCUGGAGAUGUUAUUAGACAGCUGCCCCUGCUCAAUGCUUUACUUAAUGAACUUUCACUGCUUAACGGCCAGACACAACAUCAGCAGCCUGUAUCGGUUCAUCCCAACCUGGUCUGGUUGUACACAUCGGCACCAGAACCCCAUCCACUGUCAGCACCAGGAGCGAAACCCAAAUCUGAGUAUCAGAAAAGAGUCGCUGCUUCCUCACAAAGUCCUCAACAAAGACGAGGUCAGUCCAAAAUGAAGGGAUGCAUAAUAUCGCCUGUGUCUAAUUCAGCAAGGAAGGCAGGUAGUGCAAAGAAACACCAAGAAAAGUUGCAGCCUAAAAGGAAACUUAAAUAUGGAUUGACAAAUACGUUUCGUCUCAGACUCCAGCAUGUUAAAAUAGCACAUACAAAACAUCACCAAUGCAUCGAAUACGAGGACAUGCAACAGGUCAAGCCACAAAGACAAACACUGUCUGACCGUAAACAUGCUGGUAAGUCAGCGAGAAGAGGGGUGAACUCAGAUGAAACUAUUGAAACAUUAAUUAACAGUUUUGAGGUGAACACAACACCAGCUGAAACUACGUCAUCAAAAUUACAAACUAAGCCUACAAAAAAUGUGACAUCUAUGCCAAAAGAUGAAGCUACUGAACCAACCAGAAAGGUUCGAGUCCAUGUUCCAAGUGUACUCAGUCAUUACUCUGACCGCAGUGGCAGACGUUCAGUCUCAUCUGUCCAGAGUGUCCACCACGGUUCAAAUAAAACCAAUCCUGAUUUACAGAUAUUCAGUGAAACUGGCAGGGCAGAUAGCAGAUCUUCUCAUAGAAAAAUUUUAACUAGUUCUUCAGAGCAAGAGUACCAGGAUGACUUCACAAGUUUAGACGCAACAGACGGAUUCUCACCCGAGCCAUUGAGUAGUCCAGAGCCGAACCAACAUCAGAGAAACAGAGUUUCGAGUGAGCAUUCCAACUCUGAUGAUGGAUCUAAUAUCAGUAAAGGUUUACCUGUUCCUGUCAAAGCAGACAACUCUCCACAUCGUUCUCUCAAAUGCACACACGUAAUCCGACCACGACCCCAGACCUCUGCUUUAAGUCUGUCUUCAGAUGAAGAUGAGGAUGGGUCUAAUUCUGGUCACCAGAGAUCUGGAUCUCAGAUCAGUGGACGAAAAACUCCAUCUGUCCGGAGAACAUUUGGGAGGUCUGAGAGCUGUGACGCUGACCCCGCUGAUGAAAGCAUGACACUUAGUCGGGUUUCUGUAGAUUCAGUUGUAGCCACCAAUAACUCUGUGCUGAAGUCCUUCUCACCUGUAGAGCAGAUGGAGGCUAGAGAGGAACAAGAUGAACUGGGCUCUUUGGGAUUGGACAAGAAUUACCAGCACGUGUCAGAACUGAUGAUCAACAAGCUUCCAGGAUAUACACUAUGAUUAAACGAUGUUCAUCACAGGUUUUCAAAUAUAGUUGAUAUAUACAGUACAAGUGGAACAUUUAUGUUAGAUGCAACUGAAAUUUGCUUGAAUUUAUCAAUAUUUAAAUACUGUGGUUUGUAAAUAAAUAAUGCAUAGCUAUAUGUUUUGACCAACAUUAAUAAAUGUUAUUGUAAUGUUUUCUGUUUUGUACUCUGGCUGUUUUUA